UUUAUUAGCUGAUUCAAGACGUACCUUAUCAUCUCUCCAUUCGCCAUCGAGCCCGCCGGAGGCCAAAACGCCUUCUGCGGCAGCAUCCACCAAUUCGCCAUGGCCUCCGAGACCGAGCCCGACGCCGUGGUGUUCGAGGCUCCGGCGCACUUCCGCAUCUACAAGAGCGGCAAGAUGGACCGCCUUCACCGACCACCCUGCCUGCCCGCUGGCGUCGACGAGGCCACCGGCGUCGCCUCCAAGGACGUCGUCAUCGACGCCGGCACCGGCCUCUCCGUGCGCCUCUACCUCCCCAAGAUCCAAGAGCCAUCCAAGAAGCUCCCCGUCCUCGUCUUCUUCCACGGAGGCGGCUUCCUCAUCGAGUCGGCCGACUCCUCCACGUACCACAACUACGUCAACCCCUUCGCCGCCGCGGCCGGCGUCGUCGUGGUGUCCGUCGACUACCGCCUCGCCCCGGAGCACCCGCUGCCGGCGGCCUACGACGAUUCCUGGGCCGGGCUACUGUGGGCGGCGUCAGCGCAAGAUGGCUGGCUCGCGGAGCACGGCGACGUGUCCCGACUGUUCAUCGCCGGCGACAGCGCCGGCGGCAACAUCGUGCACGACAUGCUCCUGAGGGCGGCCUCCAACGGCGGGCCGAGGAUCGAGGGCGCGUUACUGCUGCACCCGUGGUUCGGCGGGAGCACGGUUCUCGAGGGGGAGCCCCCGGCCGCGGCCGCGCUCACCGGUAUGAUAUGGUGCUACGCGUGCCCCGGCGCGUCCGGCGGCGCGGACGACCCGAGGAUGAACCCGCUUGCGCCUGGCGCGCCGGCGCUGGAGAAGCUCGCGUGCGAGAGGAUGCUGGUGGCGGCGGGGCAGACCGACGGGCUGGCGGCGAGGGACCGCGCGUACUACGACGCCGUGGCGGCGAGCCCCUGGCGCGGGACGGCGACGUGGGUGGAGUCGGAGGGGGAGGGGCACGUCUUCUUCCUGGAGAAGCCGGAGUGCGACAAGGCCAAGCAGCUCAUGGACCGCGUCGUGGAGUUCAUAUCCGCCGGGUCUCCUGCCUGAUUAAAAAUUAGCUCCAUCCGGAUGCGCCCCGCGUUGAAGUCGUCGUAAUGUAUCGAACUUAGGGCUCGAAUAAUUUGGACUGAUCAUCCUUUCAUGAUUUCUGUGUUAUGAAAUGUGCAUUCUUCUUUC